GAAGCUUUUAGAUCCAAUUCGGCUGCCGUAAGGCAAGGCGGCAAGAUGGCGGCCUCCGCUUUUGCGUGUACUGUGAGAGCAGCCUCAGGAAUCUUACGGCCCCUGAAUAUUUUGGCAUCUUCAGCCUAUCGAAACUGCUCCAAGAAUGCCUGUCUUAGUUCUGCACUGUCUUCCCGACAUUUCAGUCAUAUUCAGACACUGGUUGUGUCCUCUGCUCCCAGACUGAUCACAUCUGUCAGAAACCUGACAUGUGGGCAGACUGCCACAGUCCUCAAUAGAGUGGUCCCCUUGCUCCCAAACGUCCUGAAGCCACCAGUCAGAACUGUAACAUACUACAGUUCAAGAAAAGGCAAGAGAAAGACUGUGAAAGCUGCCGUCUAUAGGUUUCUUCGACUUCAUUCUGGCCUGUGGCUAAGGAGGAAGGCUGGUUAUAAGAAAAAAUUAUGGAAGAAGACGGUUGCAAGAAAAAGACGCUUGAGGGAAUUUGUCUUCUGCAAUAAAACCCAAAGUAAGCUCUUAGAUAAAAUGACAACGUCUUUCUGGAAGAGGCGAAACUGGUAUGCUGAUGAUCUUUAUCAGAAGUAUCAUGACCGAACAAACUUGAAAGUAUAGAUCAGAAGUUUUAUGAUUUCCCAGUUACUGAACGUGUAUCUUUGUGUAUAUGAUGUCUUUGCGAAGAUGAAAUAGUAUAAGACAUGAUGUAAAUUGUACCAACUGAUAUGGAAACAUGCAGUACCAACAUUAAACUUAACCAAUGUUUUAAAACUUAAUGGAUUAAACAUUCCCAGAUUUGUUCAGAGAAAUAGAAAUUUUAAAUUUUGAUUAUUUUUAACAAAUGGUAAUGGCUUAAAUAGUUGUUCCAAUUAGGCUUAUUUAGUUGCAAGGAAUCUCCAGCUAGGACAAACGUAAAAAGACUGUAAAGCUAACAAGUUAGCUCAAGCAGUGUGACAUUAUCUUAAGGAUAUGUGCCUGGGAACGCAGGAGCACCUCACAGCCCCAUCUCCCACCCAGAACUAACCCCCAGGCCUCAGGAAGAGCGGAAAUUACACAGUGAUACUGGAUCUGAGGCACCUCCAGGGGCCUCAGCAGCAGAAGUGGUGGACCUUCAGGCUUGGGGUCUGCCAUGCACGGGGCUCAGUUCUUUUUACAUCACUGGCUCCAUUCUCUUUCCUCACCAACUUCUCUGAUUCACAGCUUUUGUUUACUCUUAGUGUCUGCUUCCCAUAAUAACGCUAGCGUGCACCUUUGAGGUACUUUUCUACGUCGUGACCCUCAGCUCCUACCUCCAGUCUCUAACUAACUGCAGAGAGACUCUAACUGGGUCAGUUUGUCCUUUUACACCAGGCCUCAUCAGGGGUCACCGACCAGUGUAGGGCUGGCUGUUCUGAGGUCAGGAGCCCACCCUGGCCCAUCUGAUUGGGCUAGCAGGUUCACAUGGAGCCAAAAAUAGUGACAUGAGCAGUUUCCCUCAGAGGUGAGCCUGGGGUGGUAACACGUCUGGGUUACUAGGUUCACUGCAUUCAUAACAGUUCUCACUUAGUUCAUUGGAACAGGAUUUUUAUUGAGAGGAGUAAAUGAAAUAGCCUUUCAGUAUGCUCAUUCGUGAAGCUAAAGAGGCUGUAUAAGUGGAGACAAAAACUUUUUAACCAAGAGUUAAAAGAUACUGUAUUUUAUAAAAGUUCAUUUAUCCACUUGAGAUUUCAUAUUUUUAAUUGUGAGGGUAAACUUUUUCCAAAAUUUUCCAAAGACACAUUGUAGAAUCUAAAGGGGAAAAGUAAUCUCAGUCAUUUUUAGAAAGGAUGCAAAAGUUAAGCAUUGUUCACAUGAAGAGGGUCAGGUAACCGGCACUGAGGAAAAUUCAGCUUUUCAGGAUGCUUAUAGUCUAGGGCAGUGGUUCUCCGCUCUCCCAUCAGAAUCAUCUGGGAAGCAUUUUCAAAGAGCAGAGCAUUUUGACUGUUUGAAAAACCAUUAUUAAAUACAAUUAUGCCUCAAUUACUGCUUCAGAUCCUUUAAUAUAAUAGUUGGUGAUGAUAAGAUGCAGUUCCUCUAUUAAUAGAUUAAGAUAAAAGGUAACCAAAUUGGAAUUCUGUGGCAUGUCAGACUAGGAUUAUUGGAGGAACUCCUUGAAACCAGUGUGUGUUCACUAAAAGGAAAAAGGGUGACAAGAGAGUGUUCUAAAACUCCAAGGCCAAGUGUGUGUCUAUUUAUGGGACCAGUUAAUAAAGAACAGACAUUUUAAUGGU